GGUGGUUUAAUAGGUGAUAUAAUAAUACUUUAAUGAAAUAAAAUAUUUUUUUUGUGAUGUUGGGUGUGUUUUAUGAAAUGGAAGAGAGCUAGGGGGUGAAAGUUACGAUUAAAAAUAGAGACAAGGACUAGGAGAGAUUUUAGGAUUUUUAGUUUAGCCCUUGAGGAAUUAGGUUUAGAUGGUUUAAUAAGGAUGGGGAAGCAGCUAAAGAAAAAAAAGAUAAGAAAGAAGAGGACGCGUGAAAGAAGGAGAAAAAAAAGAAGAAGAAGGCUGUGCGUGAAAUAGCAGGAAGAGAGGGAGAGGGGAUCGGCUUCGGAGAAUUCGAUCGGGAACGGGGAGCUGCACUCAAUCCAAAGGUAAUCAGGAGGAGUAGUCUAUAGCCUUUAUUUCGAGUUGGAGUCCUUGCUCUGAUACGUAGCACUCGGGGGGGGGAAAUGGACGCUUGUUUUCCUUCUGUUAUAAUUUGAAUUAAGUUGUUAUUUGAGAAGUUGUUUCUGUUUUAAGUUGUGGGCAAGAUACUAUGUUUUCUUUAAGUUUUAAAGACAUUGGAUUCGCUGCAUAACUAUUUGUCAAAGUGAACUAGUUCAAAGACUAAUUAACUGUCACAAGAGCAUUUAAGUUUAUUUAUGAGUUCAUCUCAAAGUUUAUGUGCUAUGUAUCUGUUACAAGAGCAUUAUGUUAAUGUUUUAAGUGAUUAUGUAAUGCCUCAUGAGUGUUAAAAUUUUUAUCACUCUGAUAUUUGCAAUACAUAUGCCGUUUAGAAUUGGGGUGUUACAUUAGUGGUAUCAGAGCAAUGGUUGGUCAGUGACCAAGUUUUUAGUAUAAUAUAUAUUCUAAUACUUACUGAUACUCGAUAUGUGUAAGUAGCAUUAUCGAGCUGUUGUUUGAUAAGAGUUGUUGGUUGUUUGGAGAUUCAGGAAAAUGGUUGCCGGAAGGAAUGAUGAAGCUAUCGCUGAGGCAUUGGCAAUGAUGGCUAGCGCCAUUGGGCAAGGUCAGCAAGCGAACCUUGGGAACCAUAAUCAGGAUGAAUUUUGUGCUUUGGGAAAGUUUCAGAGGAACAAUCCGCCAACCUUUGAAGGAGCAUACGACCCUGACAAAGCACAGGCAUGGCUGAAAGCAAUUGAGAAGAUCUUUCGAGUCAUGAAUUGUACUGACACGCAGAAGGUGCAGUUUGGCACCCAUAUGCUUGAGAAAGAAGCUGAAGAUUGGUGGGACAACACUGUUCAGAGGUUUGAAGGUGAUGGGAUGGAGAUUACUUGGGAUCUUUUCAAGGGUGCAUUUCUGGAGAAGUACUAUCCAGAAGAUGUGUGUGGAAAGAAGGAAAUUGAGUUUCUUGAACUGAAGCAGGGUAAUGGAACCGUGGCGGAGUAUGCUACAAAGUUUGAGGAAUUGAUUAAGUUUUGUCCCCACUACAAUACUGCCGAAGCUGAGAGAUCUAAGUGUAACAAGUUUGUGAAUGGUUUGAGACCUGAGAUCAAGAAGGUUGUGGGAUAUCAACAGAUUAUCCGAUUUUCUGACCUGGUUAACAGGAGUAGGAUAUAUGAUGAGGAUAGCAGGGAAAGUGCUGCUCACUAGAAGUCUUUGAAAGAGAAGAAAGAAAAGGGGCAAUUCAAAGGGAAACCGUAUGGGAAUCCUGCUGAUAAGGGUAAACAAGAAGCUGGUCAUGACAAGAAGCCGAGUGGGGGAGGAGCUCCUAAUCCGGUUAGGUGCUACAAGUGUGGUGUUGAAGGACAUCGUUCUCCUGAAUGUCCCAAUUCAGAAGCAACAUGAUUUAAGUGUGGCAAGCUGGGCCACAAAUCCUUUGAGUGCCUAGAAGGUAAAACUGUGGCAUGCUACAGAUGUGGAGAGCAAGGUCACAUCAGUACUAAUUGUGACAAACCCAAGAAGGAUCCUGCAAGGGGGAAGGUGUUUGCUUUAUCUGGUGCUGAGACUACUGCUGAGGAUAGACUAAUUCGAAGUAAUCAGGAGGAGUAGUCUAUAGCCUUUAUUUCGAGUUGGAGUCCUUGCUCUGAUACGUAGCACUCGGGGGGGGAAAUGGACGCUUGUUUUCCUUCUGUUAUAAUUUGAAUUAAGUUGUUAUUUGAGAAGUUGUUUCUGUUUUAAGUUGUGGGCAAGAUACUAUGUUUUCUUUAAGUUUUAAAGACAUUGGAUUCGCUGCAUAACUAUUUGUCAAAGUGAACUAGUUCAAAGACUAAUUAACUGUCACAAGAGCAUUUAAGUUUA